UGGACAUUGAAGAUCUCUCCGCAUCUAUAAGCAUAACUAUUUUGAAUAAAGCCUUAUAAACGUUUACAUUAUAUUUGAUUUCUUCCACCGUUGAACAAAACUUUAAAGAUGCAGAAGUCUAUUGGAGUAGUUUGCAUAUCACUAAUUUUCUGCGCAGCUCUGUCAGAAACAAUUGGAUUAGUGAUUGCGGCUAAAGAGAAGCGAGGGUGGACACUGAACAGUGCUGGCUACCUUUUGGGUCCCCGUCGUAUUGAUCACCUAAUACAGAUAAAGGAUAAUCCCAGCGUAAGGGGGAGAGAAGAACUGCUAAGUCAAUAUGGCAUCGACGGUCACCGGACGCUCAUUGACAAGCAUGGCCUUGCUGGUAAGAGAGACAUGCCCCGGGACUAUGACUUAAAAUCAGGUUCCUUGAGAAUAACAGAUGAGGAUGUAUUACACAAUGUCAUUGACUUCUUAUCAUACAUGCAACUUAAAGAAAUCGGAGCUCUGGAUACCCUGCCAUCCUCGCUCACAUCCGAAGAGAUGAGUCAGCCCUAGUUCAACUUCAACAUUCAUUGAUCUAUUCUCUACGCUUCAACAGCCUGCAAACUACAGUAUCUGUGCCCAUCCUAUUACACUGGAUACUGGUGUCAUUAUUCACAACAAUCUACUACACAGAGUAAUCAUGUUCUUAUUAUAAUUUGAAAGAAAUGUACUGAAUAAAACGUUUUGAAUGGCAA